UAGGAAAGAGAAAGAACCCUGACCCUGAAUGUUUGUCUGUUGCUUGGAGUGCCGAUGGUGCCACCCUCUUCUCUGGUUACUCUGACAACAUCAUCCGUGUCUGGCAAGUCACCCGUACUCUUUAAAUCAAAUGCCCGCGCGAAUCAUUGGAUUUUUUAGAGGAAAAAAGAAAAAAAUCCCCCCUUUUUUUUUGCUUAAAUAAAUCAUAAUAAAAAAAAAAAGAGAGAAAGCGAGUGUAUUCAUCUUUGUGUUAAAACCCAGUCUCUUUUUUUUUCUCCCUUAUGUUGCCUUACUUUACCUCGAAUGAGACAAGUAGCUGGCUGCUUUACAUCUUGACUGAUUCAGCACUUCCCACAGGUGGAUUCGUAUCUUCUUCUGGGCUCGAGGCGAGUCAUCAAGCCGGACUAGUGGAUAGCAACAACAUUUCGACAUUUGUUACUUCUUCAGCACAUAAUUAUGCUUCCAACACCAACUGUUUUGUCCAAGCAGGAUAUGAAUCACUUGACAACAAGGACCCACUGUCGUUCUUGACAGAUUGCGAUGCUACAUGUGACGCCGUCAUGGCAGCCAAUGCUGUGGCAAAACGAGCCUCAUUAGCUCAAGGCAUUGCCAUGCUCACUCUCUUUUUAAAGUGUUUUACAGAAACCAACGAACAAGAAGAAAAGGUACGAGUGGUCAAGCAAUGGAAAAACAUGAUUCGAGCAGAGAAAGUAUAUGGUCAUUUCGCCAUCUGUUUUGGACUCGUUUGUCGUUGUCUCAAUGUCGAUUUAGAAAAUACACUUCAUCUAUGGCUCUAUUUGUUCGCAAGGACCAUUUACUCUUCUGCCGUCCGACUCAACAUCAUUGGACCUUACGAAGCACAGCGACUGUUACUUGAGUCCAGAGGACCUGUAGAAGAGAUCAUUCACCAUACAAAAAAUAUGACAAUAGAAGAUUGUUGUCAGACAAAUCCAUUGUUGGAUGUGUGUCAAGGUAUGCACGAUAGACUUUAUUCGAGAUUAUUCAACAGUUAGAAAAAUAAAUGUAUAUAUUAAACUCUGCAGUUGGUGAAGGCCAUGACCAAGAUAUCCGUAGCACCCACAUCAGCCAAAAGAUCCAUAAUUUCACCUUUUCUCUUCUUUUCAACCAUGGCCGUGACGGAGACCCAACCUUCAUGAGAGUCUAGUGCAGCGACAGUAGGUGCUUGACGACCAGGCGUAAUUUGAACCGCGCGAGAAAGGUUGACGCGUUCGAUGUUAUAUGUACAAAGGACAUACUUUUCGGCGGUAA